CAGCUAUGUGCGUUGCUAGGCUCAGAUUGUGAUGUGGAAACGCCGGCCAACUUUGGAAAAUACCUUGAGUCAUUUUUAGCCUUCACAACCCAUCCCAGCCAGUUUCUGCGCUCUUCCACUCAGAUCACAUGGGGAGCCCUCUUUCGGCAUGAAGUUCUGUCUCAUGACCCCUUGUUACUGGCCAUGAUUCCCAAGUAUCUCCGUGCGUCUAUGACCAACCUGGUGAAGGUGGGCUUUCCCUCUAAAACAGACAGCCCCAGUUGUGAAUACUCCCGCUUUGAUUUUGACAGCGAUGAGGACUUCAAUGCCUUCUUCAACUCUUUCCGAGCCCAGCAGGGAGAGGUGAUGAGGAUGGCUUGUCGUCUGGACCCUCGAACUGGCUUCCAAAUGGCUGGAGAAUGGCUGAAGUACCAACUCACAGCUCCUGUUGAUACUGGACCCAUGAACUCUAAGACAGGCGAAGGUCUCUGCUCCAUCUUCUCUCCGUCCUUUGUGCAGUGGGAUGCCAUGACCUUCUUCUCGGAGAGUGUCAUCAGCCAGAUGUUUCGAACCAUGGAUAAAGACGAAAUCCCAGUGAAUGAUGGCAUAGAUCUGCUGCAGCUUGUCCUUAAUUUUGAAACAAAAGAUCCUCUGAUCUUGUCCUGUGUGCUCACCAAUGUCUCUGCUCUCUUUCCGUUUGUCACUUACCGACCAGAAUACCUACCACAAGUGCUUUCCAAGCUCUUUGCUUCAGUUACCUUUGAAGUCGUAGAAGAAAGUAAGUUUGUUGUGUCUGUCCAGGCUCCUAGAACUCGAGCAGUGAAGAAUGUGAGAAGGCAUGCAUGCUCCUCAAUCAUAAAGAUGUGUCGGGAUUACCCUCAACUUGUCCUG